CUCACUACCGAACAGUGUAGAGCGCAACCAGCAAAAAAGAUAUCUCUAUAAAAGGACAGCAGGCUACUGUAGCUAACUGUAUUCCACACACAGAAUUCCUCACACAGCAGCAGCAGUGUUCUAAGUCAAGCCAUGCCACCAGUAAAGCUUGAGGUCUCAGAUGAGACCAUCACACCGUCUAGUGAUACCAAGCCAAAGGAGCUCAGUAAGUGUAACCAGCUAGAGCUGAAGGGUCUGGAGUCUAUCGCCCCUCUGGUGCGGUCCGUGGAGGAGACCCCAGAGCCCAUCGCCACGGAGGUGUGUGGGACCAUACCAAACUGGAUCCGAGGCAGCCUCCUCCGCAACGGCCCAGGGAAGUUUGAGUUCGGAAACCAACACUACAACCACUGGUUUGAUGGGAUGGCCAUGCUGCACCAGUUUAAGAUCGAGGAUGGCAAGGUGACCUAUAGGAGCCGCUUCCUGCAGAGUGAUGCCUACAAGAAGAACAGCGAGAGGGACCGCAUCAUGGUGUCAGAGUUCGGCACGGUGGCCAUGCCCGACCCCUGCAAGAACUUCUUCCUGCGUUUCCUCUCUCGCUUCGAGAAGAUAGAGGCAACGGACAACGCCAGUGUUAGCUUUGUAAAGUACAAGGGGGACUGCUUUGUCAGCACUGAGACCAACUACAUGUACAGGGUGGACCCAGAGAGCCUGGAGACUCGAGAUAAGGUGGACUGGACCAAGUUUAUUGCUGUGAAUAUGGCCACUGCCCAUCCCCACACCGAACCAGACGGCACUACGUACAACAUGGGUAACUCUUAUGGCAGAAAAGGUGCCUUGUAUAACAUAAUCAAAGUGCCCCCUAUGAAGAACAACCCUGAGGAAACCCUGGAGGGGGCCAAAGUGCUCUGCUCUAUUGUCCCUUCAGACAAGGUCAGGCCCUCCUACUACCACAGCUUCGCCAUGUCAGAGAACUAUGUGGUGUUCAUAGAGCAGCCUAUCAAGAUGGACCUGCUGAAGAUUGUCACAGCCAAGCUAAGGGGGAAGGGGAUCAGUGAGGGGGUCUACUGGGACCCCAAGCAAGAUACUGUCUUCCACCUGGUUGACAAACACACGGGACAGACCAGUUCAGUAAAGUUCCACACCAAGGCUCUGUCAGUGUUCCACCAGAUCAAUGCUUAUGAGGAGGACUGCUUCCUGAUGCUGGACAUUUGUUGCUCUGACAGCGGAGAAGCCAUCAACAACUACCUCAUCCAGAACCUACGCAAGUCAGGGGAGGCUCUCGAUCAGGUGUACAACAACAUGUACAGAGCGUUCCCCCGGCGCUUUGUUCUGCCCCUCAAUGUGACCAACGACACACCGACAGGUGUGAACCUCAACACACGUCCCGCCAGCUCUGCCACUUCUUUCAAAACAGCCAAUGAUAAGGUGGUGUGCCAGUUUGAGGAUCUCCAUGGAGAGGACCUUUAUGAGUACGGCGGUCUGGAGUUCCCCCAGAUCAACUACAGCAAGUUCAACACGCGGCCCUAUCGCUACUUCUACGGAUGUGGCUUCAGGCACCUAGUGGGAGACUCACUCCUCAAGAUCGACCUGGAGGAAAAGAAAGUCAAGGUGUGGUACCAGAAGGGUUUGUUCCCCUCAGAGCCUGUGUUUGUUCCCUCGCCGGACGCCGUGGAGGAGGACGAUGGGGUCAUCCUGUCCGUGGUGGUCACGCCCACUAAGGAUAAGAGUACAUUCCUCCUGGUUCUGGAUGCCAAGACAUGGGAGGAGCUGGGGAGAGCCGAGGUGCCUGUCAACAUUCCCUAUGGUUUCCAUGGGGCCUUCAACCCCACCGCCUAGAUCUGCAUUACUGACCUACCAAUCACCCCCUUCCCUCCAAGGAAAUGAACGUCCUAAAUAUGAUUAGGCUAUAGUUUACUACAUUGCCUAGAAAUAAAUAUUGAUCACCCAUA